AUUGCCUUUUUUUUUGCCUCUUUUUUUUGGCAAUUUUUUUUUUCCCCUUGCCAGACGAAGAAGGCUUACUCUCUGUAACGCGCGUGUUUAAUUUUUCCCUUCCUGCCGCAUGUUAAUACGGCCAUAUGUAGUGCCUGCCCAUCAUCCCAUUUGAUAUGACGAAGCAGUAUACGUAAGCGCAAAGAGUACCUUUUAUAACCCCCGCGCUUACCUCUACGUAAGUACUAUACCGUCAUAAGUUUGUGGCGAAGCGCAGCAAGCACCACCACCGGAAGGAAGGAAGGAAGCAUCCCAGGAGAGCUAAACAGAAAAGGGAAAAGAACGAAAAAUGGAUACAGACGUAGUGGUAAACGAGAAAUUUGACUUUAUAAUGCUAAACAUUGCCAAAGAAUGCGGAGACAUUAACAGCUUGAUGAACCAUUUUUUCUCCUUCCUGUUGCGUAAAACAGACUUCAUUACCAACUCGAAGAACGUAGAACAAUGUGAGGAGAUCGUCUUGAAGACGCUGAGGAAGUACUACAGACGGAAGGAGGAAUACCUCAUGAAGUUAAAAAAGGAGUACGAAAAAAUGGAUGAAGAAAAAAAAAAAAUCUACCAGAGGGAAAACACUAACGGUAGUAGUGGUAGGAAGGACGAAAUGAGCGAGAAAAAAAAAAACGCAAAUUUGAAAAUGAACCACAAUGUGAAGAACGGCACGGCAACAUCUUUGGAUAACACACAGGAGGAGAAGCGCGUGGUAGAAAUUGAUGAGGAUGGCAAAAUGGGAGAUGAAGAGCUAGCCAUUCACCAACACCUUCCGAACGGGAAGGGGGACUCCAACAAAAAAAACCCCAUAAGUUCGCCUCCCGCCAAGGGGAAAGCAAAGAACGAACGGAAGGCAAACCUAUCAGAGGAGUCAGACGAAGACACCAAUGAUGAACCUCCCAAGGGAAACGGCGGGCAAACAGAAAAAUACACAUGGACGCAAACGAUAAAUAGCCUCGAUAUGUACAUAAAUCUGGAGCAGAAGGUAAAAACAAAGGAUAUAAAGUUACAAAUAACUUACAAAAAAUUAUAUGUGAAUGUUAAAAACGAAGUUAUUAUUGAUGGAGAAUUUUAUAAGCAUAUAAAACCAGAGGACUCCAUUUGGACUUUGGAAGAUAACAGGGUUAUUCAUGUGUGCAUUGAAAAGCUAAACGGAAUGGAGUGGUGGUCUACGGUUAUAAAGGGCGACUCCGAAAUUGACGUUAAGAAAAUCGUUCCGGAGAAUUCCAGGAUGGAGGACCUCGAUGCGGAGACUCGGUCGGUCGUCGAGAAGAUGCUCUACGACCAGAGGCAGAAGGCUAUGAAUCUGCCCACCUCAGACGAGCAGAAGAAGUUUGAAAUUUUUGAGAAGUUCAAAAAAAUGCACCCGGAAAUGGACUUUUCCAAGGCCAACAUCAACUACGGCAGCUCCAACCCGAACAGCAUGUUCUUCGGCCGCUAG